GACUCGUUGGUGAAUGAUUCAUAUCUUGUGCAGCAGCUGAGAGAGAGAGAGAUUAAUUAAAGCUUGGUGUCUUUGCAGCUCACGAUCUUGUGAGCUCUCAUCCUGCCACCAUGCCCAAACCUCUGACCGACCAGGACAGGAGGAAACAGAUCUCGGUCCGAGGCCUCGCCGGGGUGGAAAAUGUCUCCGACCUGAAAACCAACUUCAACCGGCACCUGCAUUUCACCCUCGUCAAGGACCGCAAUGUGGCUACGAAGCGGGAUUACUACCUCGCGCUGGCCAACACCGUGAGGGAUCACCUAGUGGGCAGAUGGAUCAGAACACAGCAGCACUACUACGAAACCGACCCGAAACGUGUGUACUACCUCUCUCUGGAGUUCUACAUGGGUCGCACCCUGCAGAACACCAUGGUCAAUCUGGCCCUGGAGAGUGCCUGCGAUGAAGCCACCUACCAGUUGGGUCUGGAUAUGGAGGAGCUGCAAGACAUUGAGGAGGACGCAGGCCUGGGCAACGGGGGCUUGGGCCGUCUGGCAGCUUGCUUCCUCGACUCGAUGGCGUCUCUGGGUUUGGCAGCUUAUGGUUAUGGAAUCCGUUACGAGUUUGGCAUUUUCAACCAGAAAAUCACCAGUGGUUGGCAGGUUGAGGAGGCAGAUGAUUGGCUGCGCUAUGGUAACCCGUGGGAAAAGGCCCGCCCCGAGUACAUGCGCCCUGUGCACUUUUACGGCCGCGUGGAGCACCAGCCCGACGGAGUCAAAUGGGUAGAUACACAGGUGGUUCUGGCCCUGCCGUAUGACACUCCGGUUCCUGGAUACAGAAACAAUGUUGUUAACACCAUGAGACUGUGGUCAGCCAAAGCUCCCUGUGAAUUUAACCUCAAGGACUUUAAUGUCGGUGGCUAUAUCCAGGCUGUUCUGGAUAGGAAUCUGGCCGAGAAUAUUUCCCGCGUGCUCUACCCCAAUGACAACUUCUUUGAGGGGAAGGAGCUCCGUCUCAAACAGGAGUACUUUGUGGUCGCUGCGACUCUUCAGGACAUCAUCCGCCGUUUCAAGGCCUCGAAGUUCGGCUCAACAGAGGUGGUGCGCACAGACCUGACCAAGUUACCUGACAAGGUGGCCAUCCAGCUGAAUGACACGCAUCCGGCCCUCGCCAUCCCGGAGCUGAUGAGGAUCCUGAUGGAUGAGGAGAAAGUGUCCUGGGAUACAGCAUGGGACAUCACCGUGCGUACCUGUGCCUACACUAACCACACCGUCCUUCCAGAGGCUCUGGAGCGUUGGCCUGUCGACCUGUUCCAGAACCUCCUGCCUCGCCACCAGGAUAUCAUCUACGAGAUCAACCAGCGCCACCUGGAGCGAGUCUCCUCUCUGUACCCCGGCGAUAACGACCGUUUGAGGCGCAUGUCUCUGAUUGAAGAAGGCGGAAUGAAGAAGAUCAACAUGGCUCAUCUGUGCAUCGUUGGCUCUCAUGCUGUAAACGGCGUGGCUCGAAUCCACUCAGAAAUCAUCAAGAACACGGUGUUUAAGGACUUUUAUGAUCUGGACCCUCAGAAGUUCCAAAACAAGACCAACGGCAUCACCCCUCGUCGUUGGCUGGUCAUGUGCAACCCUGGCCUGGCGGAAGUCAUUGCUGAGCGGAUUGGUGAGGAUUACAUUCGUGACCUGGAUCAGCUGAAGAAACUCUUGGAGUUUGUGGAUGAUGAGGCCUUCAUCCGAGACGUUGCCAAGAUCAAACAGGAGAAUAAGAUGAAAUUUGCUGUGCACCUUGAAGAGCAUUAUAAGGUGAAAAUCAACCCGAACUCCAUGUUUGACGUUCAAGUGAAGAGGAUCCAUGAGUACAAAAGGCAGCUGCUGAACUGCCUGCACAUCAUCACACUCUACAACCACAUCAGGAAGGAACCCAACAAGGCCUGGACACCCAGGACGAUUAUGAUUGGAGGAAAGGCUGCUCCAGGCUACCACAUGGCUAAGAUGAUCAUUAAGCUCAUCACAUCGAUUGGAGAGGUGGUGAAUAAUGACCCGGUGGUGGGAGACCGUCUGAAAGUCAUCUUCCUGGAGAACUACAGGGUUACACUGGCUGAGAAAGUAAUCCCAGCAGCUGACCUGUCUGAGCAGAUCUCCACUGCGGGGACAGAAGCUUCUGGAACAGGAAAUAUGAAGUUCAUGUUGAACGGUGCUCUGACCAUCGGCACUAUGGAUGGAGCCAAUGUGGAGAUGGCGGAGGAAGCCGGAGAGGAAAACCUCUUCAUCUUUGGCAUGAGAGUGGAGGAUGUCGAGGCCUUGGAUAAGAGAGGGUACAAUGCUACUGAGUAUUAUCACCGUAUCCCAGAGCUCAAGCAAGCCAUUGAUCAAAUUUCUGGAGGGUUCUUCAGUCCCAGUCAGCCAGACCUCUUCAAGGACGUCGUCAACAUGUUAAUGAAUCAUGACAGGUUCAAAGUAUUUGCUGACUAUGAGGAAUAUAUUAAAUGCCAGGAGAGAGUUAGCGCUCUGUACAAGAAUACGAAGGAAUGGACCAAGUUGGUGAUCUACAACAUUGCCAGUUGUGGCAAGUUCUCCAGUGACAGGACCAUCUCUCAGUACGCCCGUGAGAUUUGGGGUGUUGAGCCAAGUUUGGAGAAGAUCGCCGCUCCGGAUGACCCUCGCUAGGCAGCUACUCAGCAAUCAGGAGCUCUUUUCGCUGGAGUUGUUCUCACCUUUCGUUCAUUUCUGCUUUGUGAUUGUGUAGAUGUUUCUAUGCGAUUGUUUGUUUUAUUGUGUAACAAAUGUCUUCCUGUCCUGUGAGAUCUGGUUCCCUGGCCUGCUUUCUGUGCGGUGAGAACGGAACGUUUUAUUCAUGUUAACUGGUACCACCUUUCAGAUGAACUAAACUGUGUAGCACAUCAGUCUGGGAUCAGAAACGAAGCAUUUAAUAGUUUUAAUAUAUGCUUGAAUGUGUCAUUGUGGUCUGUCUAGUUUGUCGUCUUCUCAUUAACCAAAGAAUAGCCCGGUUAUGGGGAAUACACGUGGACCCACUGUGAUGUAUAGAGCAGCCACUGAAGGAUUAAUUGAAGGUCUGUCCGUCUGCGUCUCGUAUUCAGCCACAUUGGUGUCUGCUACUUGCUUGGACUCAUUGAGAUAUUCCUGCAUGAUUUGGUGUGUAGUGUUUUAAUGUUUUUAAUAUUUCUAGAGCUUCAUUAAUCACAUCACAUCAUAUGACAUUCACUCAUUUAAGCUCAGUUGCUGUUCAUAAUAUUCAUGUAAAUCUCACACAAAGUGUAGCGAUGUAGUGUGGCACCUCUGUAUACGUGUUAUGAUACUGUCUUUCCUCUUGCACUUUCUCAGUUUAACAGCACGCUAAGAAAAGCUGCCUUAGUUUGCGUGUCUGAGUGCGUGAACACGUGUGCUAGUGUGUACGAGAGCCUAGAGAUGAUGCAACUUCCUCCUAUCUGUACUAGUCCUCAGCCUAGAGACUGGUGAGCAAGCCACUUUAAUUAAAAGAUAUUUUUAAUAUAUGCUUAAUAAAUAUAGAAGACUUAAGAAUGUCUGUUUUAAACAAAGUGUUCUCACUGGAGUGUGGAAAAAAACUCAACUGUGUCAUGUUUGACUGUUAGUAAUAAGUCAAUAAAGAGCUAGAUAUAUGUACAUGACGAUAA